AUGAACGAGACCAAGCUUGCAAUUGGUGGGACUGCGUACAUGCGGAGGCCGAAGUCUGUUUCUACUGCUGUUCAUCCAUAUGGGAUCACACUGCAUCCGAGAACAUCACUCCAACCAUGUAACCUUCGUCCUCACGUUAGCCUAAUACUGAUUGGCUCAGAAGGGACUUGGUAUACCGAAGUCAUCACGCAUGGCAGGUCAGACAUAGAGAUUAGAGCCGUAUUGAAAGUUUCUCCCUGCAGUGAAGCGAGAGAAAGCGAAGGAAUUUUUUUGCUAUGUCCUCUUACCUUGAUUUGGUCAAGGUCCGAUGGUCCUGCAACUGCUCGAAUUAAGGAUGUUCCAACCUCGUAUGUCCCAGUGCCCACUGUCAGCUGUCUUCCGGGAGGUCGGGAUGAACGUCUCCAUAGACUGCAGCAAGUGGGAUCUCAGCACAGGCCCGAGUAUCAGCAACAGACUAGGAGAGUCUACCUUCUUUUUAGUCAUACAUUUGUAUGAGACGCUCUGGGGAGGUCUGUCCACGGAGAGGUUGGUUUACUGACAUGCCCGAAUCGGUAAAUACAUUCCACGCUUUAGAUCAUGAGAACUUGACAACCUUAUCCUGGACACUUCCGUUCUGUCGAGAUUUAUGCUGCCGUAUGGAGGACAUUUAUUUUAUCGAUGCAUACUGCAUUCGAAUAAAAAUCUCUCCAGAGGCUUGCUGAGCCUCUUGAUUCGGAGGUCAAUAGCGAAACAAUUUGACACUAUAGACUCACAGAGAUCGGUCUAUCAUUAUUGGACUAGAAGAUCAGCUCUGAAUUCGACGUAGAUCAGGCGAUGAUUGUUGCCAAUGGUUACAACAGCAGCGGAGACUUUUACAAGGCAAUUCAGCAAGAUUUUCUGGUCUUCAGAAUAUACAAACUUGUUGCAACAUAUAUUUGCCGCGUAGAAGAUUUAUCUUAGAGCUUGUUGUUCUCAAUCCUGUUGUCAAGAAGUUCCGAUUUAGAAUUUAAUAUCAGAGCUUGUGCCGCAAGUUCUCGCGAUUUGCUUCAGUCUCA